AGUACCCCUGUUUUUUGUUUUGUGUGUGUGUCUAUUAUACUGACAGUCACGUCACUCUGUUUAUCGACACGCGAGGUCGUUACAAGGCCUGAGUUUUCUUCUUCUAGAUUUCCCCCCUUUCUUAUCCCCUUUCCAUUUUCUUUUUUUCUGUAGUGAAUGCUCUACGUUUGUAGGAUUUUCAGACUCAGACUCCCUUGUGUUCUUUUUAAUCUUCCUUUUGGUCCCUUUGGAACGGACCCGUGGUCACUCUUUUGAAAGCAUCUUCUCUGUUUUUUGUUUGUUUUUUUUAAUUAUAAAUAACCUUGGAGGAGGCGCACUCUUCAUCUGGUGAGGAUUACUGUAGGUAAGGAUGGGUCAUCUUUUCGAGGAUUACCACACCACUGCUUAUCCUUCUUCUUCACGAUGGUCCGGACAUGGAUCCAGUUCCUCAUCGCAAGGCAAUGCCAAAUUGACUAAGGUGCUGGCCCUUUGCAUCAUCACUGUGGGACUGAGCAUGUGCGCCUAUUGGAACGACGCAGCGCGCGUAUUCCAACUCUCUGUGCAGGACAGUGCUAGUGUCUACCUGCGACAGGACAGUGCUCGUGUCUACCUGCGACAGGAGGACUUCGACAACGAUUCCAGUCGGAGCACAGCAAACUUUGUCAAUGAUUCUGCACAGGAUCAGGACAAGAAUCCUGCAAGUGAUCUCCUGUCGCCGCGUGUGCUUUCGCUUGGCAAUGACGUAAACACUCCCCCCGACAAUGGGGCACCCGCUUCUUCCUCAAUCGCACCACUGCAAAGUAGAGGAGAGCGAGAGUCCGGAACACCUUCCGAUCCUCAACCUAUAUCGUUGGGCGGAUUGCCGAUGGGGCUAGCGCCUAGUGGUGAUGCUCCGACGAUGGCGACAACGGAUGUUGCAAACUGUACCCACGAAGUCGAGGAUGUGCCGAUCUACACAAUCAACAACUCGGCAACGGCUCCUUUGUGGCAAUAUCUCGGUUUGUCCACCCCGGACAUUGAGAUGUUUAAGAGCGUCGAGCAGCAGCUAGCGAAUGCGGGGCGGCGAAGGUGUCGUCGGCAGGGUCAGGAACGGCUCAUCGCCUUUCUGUUUCUCACCCGCGGGCCGAUGCCGUUUGCUCCGAUCUGGGAGCGGUUUUUCCAGGGGCAUGACCGUUUCUACACGAUAUAUGUCCACGCCCAUCCGAAUUUCCAUUACAACACUUCUCUUAACACCAGCGAAACUCGGUUGUUCGCCGACAAGCUUAUCCGCAGCGAGCCGGUGGUGAUUGGAUCUAUGUCGAUGAUGAACGCUGAAAGGAGGUUGUUUGUCGCUGCCUUACAGAACCCGUUUAAUGACCGCUUCAUCGUCAUUUCCGAAGCCUGCAUACCUGUUGUCGAUUUUCCCACUGUCUACCGGUUCUUGUUCUCUACCAAUGUUAGCUUCGGCUGGAACAAGCAGGAAGAGUGGAUUGUGUCUUAUCGUUAUCGACUCGUCUUGAUGCCCGAGGUUCCGUUCGCAGUAUUCCGGAAGGGACCGCAGUGGAUAUCGCUGACUCGUCACCAUGCUCAGAUUGUCGUUACGGACCGGUACUUCUUUUAUAAGUUCCUGGUUUGGUGCUACGACACAAUCAACGUGCAGCAUGAAUGGUGUUUUCCAGAUGAGCACUACAUCCAUACUAUGUUGAACGUGAUCGACCCCGCGAAUCUUGCACACGAUACAAUUUUUCACGUCUCUUGGCGGCCAGGCGACACUGCGCAUCCAAGGCCAUACAACACGACAGAGGUGAACGAGGAGCUUAUGAUGAAGACGAUUCGAGCCGGCAAUUGCUCUGCAUGGAAUAAGGACCAGGGGGCCUGUAUCCUAUUUGCACGCAAGUUCAUGCCUGAUACCCUUCCUCUUCUCCUCGAUCUAGAUGACAGAUUGAAUCUGUGGAGAGGAAAUUUUGCGUGAAGCUUUUUGCCGCUUUCUCCCAUCGUGUCCAAUCUCUCCUCGAUCCACAUGGCGAACUCAGGGAAUACUCGCACUAGGAGCACCUUUUCUACUCGGCGGUGGAUGUAAUUGUGAUCAGAUACACCCACGGAUGGCCGUAAUUGCAGUGCAAUACAUGCAAAUAAAGUCCUAGUGUGAGUAUGCUCGGAAUCUAUGGAGGGGGCUGUUCUCAAUCCAGAUGACAGACGGAACAUGUGGACGAUAAAUUUGAAGGAUAAAGCUGGCGGCCAUCU